AAUUACAUUAACUAUAAACUAUUAUUCUCUUCCAAUCGACUGAUAUAUAUAUAUAUUUUGUGUGGCGAGAUGAGCGCUGAAAGAGCGUGCCCCGGGCUAUGUGUGCAAUGUGCAACUAUAUGUGGAGCCCAGUGAACGGCCCAGAAUGCCGCCUGGUUGUCCACCUCCUUUGGAUUCUCGGAGUACCGAUUCGGAAAUGCAACACUCGGAGGAAUGCUGCGUGGAUCUGGAGAACGUAACUGUCAAGUUUAGGCUCUCGGAGACGGAUAUCCUGGCCCAAAUUUAUCCCAACUGCAUGACUAUAGCCGAGGUGAAACAAGAUAUUGCUCGUAAAUUCGAGGUGGAACCAAAACUGCUAGUCCUGCGGCAGAAUGGACAUAUUAUCUGCGACUCCGUGCCCCUUAACUCCACUGCCCUGGAUGAAUUCGGCAUCCAUGAGUUCCAGUUGGAGCUGAGUAACGAGGGUGGAGACAACCAGUCUUACAAAUUAGAUCUGGAUGUCUACUACGACAAACAUCGACUGGCGGACUUUAUUACUGUGGACAUUUCCGGUGAUGAUACUCAGGAUGGCCAGGCCAAAACCGUUGUGGUGGAGAUCGAAAAUGCGGCUAUUGUCAAGCCUUUUCUAUGCGGCUAUCGGGAUAAGAACACUGGCAAGGAGUACCUGGAUGCCUUCACACAAACUGGUCCCUACUUUGACAAGAUUAAGUUUAGGAAGUACAAGACCCGGGAUACUCAAACAUGGGAGCCAAAGGAGAAGACUCUGAACACAGCCCAUGAGCAAUCGGUGCAAUGCCAUCUGGAUGGGAUUAACAUCCUGUAUGUGUCCGCAGCCAAUGACUUCACCAUAACUCCCGGCAAAUACCAGACUUUUGCCCAAAAAGAGCGGGCAGAGCGUAAGCUAGAGAAGAUUUUGCUCAUCCAGCGAAACUGGAGGCGUUGGAUUUUAUGGAAAUAUAUCCGCAUGCGGGCCAAAGAAUAUCGUCGCUUGGUCCAAAAUCGCGAGCAGGAGGAUGAGCGUUAUGAGAAGUGCGUGGAGCGUCGCAUAGAAAGGCAUCGGGUGGUCAAGCAGUUUCCGCGAAACAAGGACGACUUUGAUCUGCUCUUUGCCGAGGUGAGUCGCUGGAAAAAGGCUGAAUUAAAGCGAAUCACAGCCAACUAUGAGGGUCCAGCUCGUAUUGCCGAGGUUAACAUCCUGCUGGACAAGGAGAUCCAGUUGCUGAAUGGCGUGGAGCGUCAGCGUAACCUUGUCUACAAGGCCAUGGAGGAUUUCCGCAAAGAUCAACUGUUAAAGGAAAUGGGUAAACCUAUUGAAUGGAUCGGCUACAAGGAUUCUAAGAUCCACAUGGAUCUGCUGAGCACACAGAGGGUGCGCUUUCUAACUGAGAUCUACAAAGAUCUGCGAAAGCCGCGCAACAAAGAGGAACGCUUAGAUUUCAUCCGUCAAGUAAUGACGGUGCUCACCGAGGAGACUUGUUAUCCAAAUUUUCCCGAGCUCUUCGAUCUCUUUGAGCGCGAAAAGAAUCUUAUGCUUUACGCUAAAUCUUUUGAUGUGGAAAUUUUGCGCAAACGACAGACCAUGCUCUUUUUCGAUCUGAUAAAGUUCCAAAAGGGCGAGCCCAAGCAAAGAACUCCAUCGCGCAUGUGCAUCGUGUGCAAAAAGGUCAAGACCUAUGCCGAGUUUGCCAUUAGAACACGCCAGAGCCAUGUGGAUACUUGCAAACACUGCUACUAUCUCAAGCUUACAGCUACGGAGAACACGGUUUACCAGUCCAUUUUGCGGUGCAUCCAUCGGGAUGAACGCAAACGCAAGUGCACCACAUCCUUUGCUUUCGUAAUGCAGUCUGAUGAUGUGCGUCACAUCAUAGACAAAAUAUGGCAUGGGCACUCGGCUCUCAGCAAGACUGAAAAUCUAAGUGAACUGAGGUUGCCGCGAUGGAAAAAGAGCGAUGACUGGGCACCUUGGAACUGUAUUUGCUUGACGGAACGGGAAACGCGUGAUCACUACAAGAUCGAAGACAUAGAGAAGGUGUACGAUCCCAAGUUCAUUUUGCACAUUAGCAAUCUUCACAUGCUGGCACGAAGCUUGUUCCACACAUUGGCUGCUGUGGCUAUUGAGUUCCAGGAGACGGGUCAAUGGUGGAAAGUGGGUAUGAACAAGCAACGGACCAGUAAACUGGAUGCCGUCUAAAAAAGUUCUUAGUUUAAAAUCUAAAUUUUGCGUUCAACCAGCUAAACUCCCGCUAACAUAGUAUAAACUUCAUCCUUUUUGGGUUUAGCUUGUAAUUCAGCGCCUAAUUUAACAUUUACAAAAUUUAAACAAUUCAAAUAUUGAUCAAUCAUUACAAGGAAAAUUAAAUAAACUACAAUUGCAAUUA